GACUGUAACCAUGGUCAUGUGAGUUAUGAGCUAGGAACCCUGGACGAAACCAACACAUAUACAAUCAUCUCCCACUUCCCAACGCCUUUACUUUCACAGCCUCUGCAGCAAACUGCGGUCACUAUAAUCGCUCCUGUGGCACAGAGGCAUACCCAGGGGAAUCUGCCCAGGGGGCCACUCUGUGCCCACAUGGGAACCCACACCUGCUUGUAAAGCCUCCCCUCCCUCUGACCAGAAACGAGGACAGUUUGUUGUUCCAAGCAGUGGGCUCAUGUCUGUUUUGGCUCAGAACAGGGUGGGGAGAGUGGGCCAGGGACCCACAGGAGGGCUUACCUUGAGAUUGUGUGGGAGACACAACAAGGGGUGGGGGCCUGCAGGCGGGGCGGGGUGAAGCAGGUGAUAUCCAGCCCAGAGCCCCAGCCUCUCCCCACAGUCUCACCAUGGCCUGCACCGUGGUGCUCAUCACCGGCUGUUCCUCAGGUAUUGGCCUGCACUUGGCAAUACAUCUGGCUUUGGACCCAUCCCAGAGCUUCAAAGUGUAUGCCACGUUGAGGGACCUGAAAACACAGGGCCGGCUGUGGGAGGCGGCCCGGGCCCUGGCAUGCCCUCAGGGAUCCCUGGAGAGGUUGCAGCUGGAUGUAAGGAACUCGAGCUCCCUGGCCACUGCCCGGGAACGCGUGACCAAGGGCCGUGUGGAUGUGCUGGUGUGUAACACAGGCCUGGGCCUGCUGGGGCCGCUGGGGGAGGACGCCGUGGCCUCUGUACUGGAUGUGAAUGUAGUAGGUACUGUGCGGGUGCUGCAGGACUUCCUGCCAGACAUGAAGCAGCCGGGUUCGGGACGCGUGUUGGUGACUGGGAGCAUGGGAGGAUUGAUGGGGCUGCCUUUCAAUGACGUUUAUUGCGCCAGCAAGUUCGCGCUCGAAGGCUUAUGUGAGAGUCUGGCGGUUCUGCUGCUGCCCUUUGGGGUCCACGUGAGCCUGAUCGAGUGCGGCCCUGUGGACACCGCCUUCAUGCAGAAGGUGUUGGGCGGUCCCGACCAGGUGAUGGACCGCACGAACACCCGGACCUUCCGCCUCUUGCACUAAUACCUCCACCACAGCAAGGAGAUCUACCGCGAGGAGGCGCAGCACCCUGAGGAGGUGGUGAAGGUCUUCCUCACCGCUAUGCGCGCCCCGAAGCCGACCCUGCGUUUCACAACCAGGCGCUUCCUGCACCAGCUGCUGAUGCGCCUGGACGACCCCUUUGGCUUCGACUACGCCGCCGCCAUGCACCGGGACGUGUUCGCCGACGAUCCCGCAGAGGCCGAGGCUGGGGCCGAGGCCGGGGGCGGGGCCGGUGGGAUGGGAGACCCUGAGCUCAGCGAUCCUCUGGCCGCCCCGCAAGAAAGGCUCCGUCAGCCACUGUCUCCCGCGCCCUCCUUUGUCUCCUGGGCCUGUGCGGUCCCUGGGGAUGGGACGGCGGUGGCGGCUGUGGAUGGCUAAUUAAGACAGAUCACGUUAGCCCGUUAUAUCUGCGCGGCUAGGCACGAUGGCUGUCGCCUAUAAUCCCAGAGCUUUGGAAGGCCGAGGCAGGAGGAUCGCUCCAGGCCAGGAGUUCCAGACC